CUUAGCCUGAGCUUGUAGUGAGUUUGACCAUAUGCACGCCCCUCCUCUUUUCUUUUUAUACCUUGUAAUGGGCCAUUUAGGGCGUUUGCAUCUAGAGAUAUUAAGCCUAUUCCUUUGUGUUUUGUAGCCUUUCCCUCGUUUAUACGUGAACCCCUUUUGCUGUUGAGACGAGGUCUCAUGGCCAGUGACGACCCGUCCGACAUACCCCCAGGGGCUGAGUUUAUUGACCUGUCCUCAGACUUAGAGUCCCCUGAGGGCAAUCCUCACCAGGACUAUGACUCCUUAAGGCAGGCCCGCAUCCGCCACCUUGGGUACAUGGCUGAACUUAGGCGUAAAAUUUGGGUGGUAGAGAGUGAAAUUGACUCGGUGUCGAGAGGAGACGGAGGACCUUCCCCCCCAGACCUUAGUGACCACGUAGCGAGCCUUAGGAUGACCCUUUUUGAAUUGCAGUGGGAGUUAGAGUUUAUGGAGGGACACCUUCCGCCUGAGCCUUCUAGCCCACCUUUGCCUGAUGACCGUCAGGGGGCUGCUUAUGCUUCUCCUCAGCCCCUAGUCUCAGUUUUUCCUAGCUUAGAACUUUCGCAGCCGCUCCCUUGAUGGAAAACUCUUGCUAGGAAGAAAAAUGGAGGGUCAAGUGUUCUGUCUCUUCCUCACAUUUUUCUUUUGAUUUUGUAGAUAUGCCGAAGGCAUGCCGACAGGUAUCUACCCAAGAGCAGGACGAUGCCCCUUUAUUAGCGUCCGAGCUGGUGUCGCGCGUGUCCGACAACAAACUGAUGGACAUCGUGAAUAACUAUCGCGUCCCUCCAGAUUAUGCUCUAUACGACCCUUUAGAGGCAUGCCGUGCUGACCAACCUAGGCUCGGCUUCGUGGCCCUCAGCGAGCACAUUCUAAAAGCGGGUGGUACCAUUCCGCUGCAUUCGUUCUUUGUGGCAGUCCUCAACUACUUCGACCUUGCCCCGCUUCAGCUGGCACCCAAUGGUUGGCUGACUUUGAGCUGCCUUUUCAUUGGAUACAUGAAACUGUUGAAACGCGCCCCUACGGCCACCGAGGUACAUUUCCUCUACAACCUCAUGCCCCUCCACAAUUCAAAAGGCUUUUACUACUUACAAAAAGACAACAACGGGGCCUCUUUGAUAGAGGGUUCGGUGUCUAACCUGGGGGCUUGGAAGCGGGACUUUUUCUUCGUGGAAGGUCCACUCUCUGUCCGUGAGGAUUUCCGGACCACUCCCAAGCGAUUCGCCGAACCCUCCGUCGUCGGGUUGGAAGCGAAAGACAUGAGAUGGUUCCUCAAUGCUGAACUUGUCAGGAAAGAGGCGGUGCGUCUUUUCACCAUAAAGAAUCUGAACCGCCACAAGCUAUCUCCCGUUUCUGACCCCAAGUUGUUGUGGACCAUCUCUGGGUCCACGAAGAUGAAGGAGACCUUGGCUGAGCCUUGCCCGGAUGACGAUGAGGAGGAGGAGGGGCUGGAGGAAGCCCCCCUUGACCGCGGGGGAUUCCACCAGCCGCCUCCAUCCCCUGGGGGUUGUCCUCCACGCGCUCCCUAUGAUCCAGACAUAGCCUCUCACUCACAAGACCAGCAGGACAUUCCGGGGUGUAGUAUUUACCCUGACCCUGAGGGCCAUGACGCCUUCACUCAGGCUCCUCAUGACAUCGGAUCACCGAGGGCUGAUUUCGUCGGCCUUGCAGUCCCCCCCCUUUGAUCUAUCAGAGCCUCGGCAUUCCACAUCCACCGCGCCCCCUUCCGCAUCGGCAAGCGGGUCGUCUGUCCCCCUCCAGCCAGGUGCCCCUGGUACUGAUGGGGAGCCCUGGGUGACUCGGAUGGCAACGUCGUUCAGACAGCGAUACAUCCAGCUUGCCUCGGGCCUCCUUGUAUCCGACUGGAAUGGCCUUGGGAACGUGGCUCAGACGGACCUUGGGGAGAACCUAAGGUGCUCCAUGGCUUGGGUGAUUCCCUGCUCCUCGCGUUGGCCCUAUUAUGUAUAGGUGUUUAUGCAUAUAUUCUUUUUUUUUUCUUUGUCACUUAUUGCUGCUGUUGCUAACUUUUUUUUUUGUGCAGACCUAUACGCUGGCUAUGCGGUUUGUUGACUUGUCUAACAACCUCUCUGCAUCUGCUGCUGAGAGGAACUGCCUUACAUCCCGAGUACAGGAGCUUGAUGAAGAGCUUAAUGGAACCAAUGCUAAGUUGUCAGAGGUCCAGACCCAAUUUUCCAACUUGUCAUUGAAGAGGAAGGAAAUAAGGGCCAAGACUAAGAGGUUAGAAGGCAAGGUCACUCGCUUGGAGCGUGAACUCCAGGAAGCCAAGUCCACUACGAACGCGUCUCAGUAGAGGGUUACCCAAUUGGAGGCCGAAGUCGAGGCCCUCAGGGCCGAGCUUCAGUCGGUGCAGGAGAGGAAUGCUUCCUUGGAGGCGGAGAGGGCCACCACUGAGCGCAGGUCCAUAGAUCGUGCCCUUUACAAUGUGUGGAGGCAAGAUCCUAAUUUCGACUUCUCCUCUUUUGGUGAACAGGUCGUUGCUCGAGCGGCCUUGUGGAGUGCCCACUUUAGGAGGCCUUGAAGUAGUCUUGCUUUUUUUUUUUUUUUUUUUUUUUUAACUUUGUAAUAUCAUUAUCACUGUUACUUUUUUUAACUUUGUAUAUUCUUGUGCGCGCUUAUUAUUUCUUUGCGAGAAGCGUCCUUCUCGUCGUUAUUCAUAGUACUAUUUUUGCAAGGGUCUCCUUUGGGACCCUUUUUGGCUAGACGGCUUGGUGGCUGCUCUAGACUUAUUAUUGUCGUUACCAUAUUUUGGCUAGACUUGUUAUUGGCUAGACAGCUUGGUGGCCGCUCUAGACUUAUUAUUGGCUAGGCGGCUUGGUGGCCGCUCUAGACUUAUUACUAUCGUUACCAUA